CUUCUCUUCUUUCACAAUAAGCGCAGCUCUCCUCCCACAAUCUCAAUGGCCUUCGAAGAGGUAUAAAAGCGUCGACGGACGGCGUCGCCACAGGACCAGUUCAAGUGCAAUACUACAUAGUGUACUGUAGACUGCAGGAGCCCGUCUCUGAUCUCCGACCAUGCUCACCAGGUACAUUCUUAUCCUCUGCUCGUUGGCGCUGGUUCUGGUCGAAGCAGACAUUGAAGCAGCUGAUGGAGGGUCCCAAGCCAUUUUUGCCACAGAUCAGGACUCAACCUCAGACGAGGCACCGACUGAAAGUAUGAACUUGGUUUUGUCCGACCUCCCCAACGAUGAGCUUUUGUAUCAUAAUGGAGCAACCGCAGAUGCCAGCAGUACUAGUGCAGAGACAGGAAAUAAUUCACCUCAAGUAAAUGAUGUACCCAAAGCAGAUGCAGCUCAAUCUAGUAUGGAAGACCAUGAUGAGGACGAAGGCCCAGACUCGGAGGAGGUGGCAGUGGUGAAACCCGCCCCAGUUCCAGUCCAACGGGCAACCAAAUCCCACAAUGCAUCAGCACGCAAGCGCAGCAAACCCUCCUCUGCCACAAAAAAGAGAUCAAGAAACCUUCGUCCAUGAGAUGUGAACGGUAGACAGGGAAUCAAAGACAGACCCGUCAUGCCAAGGCAGUAAUAUAAGAAAAACAAACAUUAUUGUUUUUGUUUGCAGCGGCAUUUUUUAUGUUUUGAGAAUCUUGAAUUAGACCUUAUCUUCUGUGAUGUACUGAUUUAUCUGUGUUUGUCGAUCUAUUUGUUUGUUUUUAUGACAUUCGGCACAGACUCUAUGGGUGCUUGUCAAAUAUUCUACAAACUCAAGCCAGAGGUCAGGCUGACACAGACACUUUGAUGACUUCAUUUUAGAUCAGACAAUACAAUGUUUAGAUUUUUAUAUUGUAUUAGAUUUAUAGAGGGUUCGUUUUUGUUUUAGAUCAAUUACAGGAUAAAGUUACGGGAUAAGAAUCAAAAUAUCUCAGACUUGACGACAAGCGCUGGUGCUGGCAACCUGAUGACUACGUGCUCAGAUAUGCCGAGACUUUUAGCUCUUAGAAAAUACACCGAAAAAGCCUUCGCUCUCCUCACAAUGUCAGUGUUUAAAUCAAAAGUGUUUCUAUCUUUG